UUUUACUCUUUGGUACUCAUUGAACUUGUUGUGAAUACAUUGUACUCCGAACAGUCUUGUGUUAUGAAAAUAUAAGUUUCUGGAAUUGAAAUAUUAGUCAAUUUAGUUUCUCUAUAACUUCAACCUCAAGAUGAAUAUUGCUCGUAUUAGCAGACUGACUUCGUCAACUCUAAAUAUCACUUUUAACUCUAUCCGAUCUUACUCGUCGGCAGAAGAAAGAUUAUCUUGUUAUAAUAUUAAUGAGGCAGUUAAAGUUUCUGAGUCUGGUGAACGCAUUUUACAUGUUGAAAUCAAUAGACCCAAAACCCGGAAUGCCAUCAACACGGAUGUUUUCAAUGGUUUGACUCAUGUAUUCGGAAAGCUUAAUGAUGAUAGACACUACCGUGUAGCUAUUUUAUCAUCUGUUGGUGAUUUUUUCUGUUCUGGUAUCGAUUUGAAAACCUUUCAAAGUUUUGUGCCAACCCACACUGAAGAUGUUGGUCGUAAAGCUCUUGCAUUGAGAUCUGUCAUCAAUAUGUUACAAGAUUCUUUCAAAAAAGUAUCGGUUUGUCAGAAACCAGUCAUAUCCGUAGUCUCUGGUGGUUGUAUUGGAGCUGGUUUAGAAUUAAUAUCUUUAGCAGAUAUUCGUUAUGUCACCAAGGAUAGUUAUUUUACCAUUAGAGAAGUCGAAUUAGGACUGGCUGCUGACUUGGGUGCUCUUCAAUUCUUACCUUUGAUCAUGUCUAAUCAAAGUGUUUUAAGAGAAUUGACUUAUACAGGACGUAAAAUAUCUGCUGAUGAAGCUUUAAACCUUAAUCUGGUUGGCAAAGUACUAUCUGAUAAGGAUGAGGCAAUCUCAUCAGCAAUCGAAUUAGCAACAACUAUUGCUUCAAAAAGUCCUAUCGUAGUUCAAGGCGCUAAAGUUGGUCUUGAUUAUUCAAGAGACCAUGGAGUUUGGGAAGGACUACAAUUCAUGGUUCAUUGGAAUAUGGCUAUGUUACAAUCAGAAGAUUUAAUCAAAUCAGCCAUGGCUCUUAUGUCAAAAUCACCAGAACCACCCAAGUUUGACGACCUGUAAAUUUUUUGCUUAAUUUUAUAUCAAAUGCAAACAUUAUUUUUUAGUUUAGGAAAAAUUAUACGGAAAUUUAUUGUUAACUAUGUUAUUCCUACUUAUUACGCUAUUCCAUAAAGAUUAUACUAAUCUUCGAAGAAAAUACACAAUCAUUUCAUUUGUUAUUUUAAUUGAUGUAUCAUUUGUACCUGUUGAUACAAUAAGCUCAUCUGUUGUCUGAAAUUUCAAAUUUUAUAAUAACUAUUUAUAUACUAUA